AGAUGGACACCUUAUAUAUAUAUUGGGAUCGGGUGAGGAUUUGUAGAUAAUACGGAUCGAACGGAAAUCGUUAGAUUCACUGCUCGCGUGUCAGGGGAUGAUGUCAUGAUCUGGUGGAAGUUGUGUGCGGGAUUUGCCUGUUUUCCAGAAGAAAAGUGUCUCGCGCUGCAUCAGCUCAGGAUUGCUGAUGUUGAGUUGGCGUUUUGGGUGAAAACCCUAGAAGACUCCUAAAACACAGCAUGACAGUGCAGCUGUGCACAAAGCGAGCUCCAUGAAGACGUGGUGUGUUCAGGUCGGAGUCGGAUCCCUGAUUGAACACCUUCAGCAUGAACAGGAGCCUUUUAAAGUCUCUUUAACAUCCUACAAUCAGUGUCUGAUCUCAAUAAUGCUCUUGUAGCUGAAUGAACACAAGUCUCGGCAUCUACGCUUCAACAUCUUUUGGGCUGAAGUUCAGCUGUAGAUGUGAUGCAGCGUCCUGCUUAAUUUACAGGGUGAAUAUAAAGCAACAUGACGCUCAGGAGAGUGAACGUAGUGAUCCUGGUCCUGCUCUCGAUCGCCUUUUUAAUAAUCGUGCAUCGAAAUCUGCUGAAUCUCAGCGACUUCCUGAAGCAAGAUGGUUCAGACUCAGCCCCGGGUGCGAUCCUGCCCUUUGAAAGCGGGUUCUUUGCGGAUCGGAAAGUCAGGACCGGGGAGGAGAUCCCAGUAGUGAUCACAGCCUCUGAGGAGAGACUGGGUGCCGCAGUGGCCGCCAUGAACAGCAUCAACCAAAACAGCAAAGCCAACGUGGUUUUCAGCGUCGUGACCCUCAACGAGUCUGUGGAACAUCUCCGGACUUGGCUGAGCAAAACAGACAUCAAGCACAAGAUCAUCACGUUCGAGCCAAAAAUCCUGAAGGGAAAGAUUUCCUCUAAUCCUCAGCAACUGGAUUUAGAAAAACCGCUCGCUUUCGCCAGGUUUUACAUGCCAAACUUCUUACCUGACACAGAGAAAGUGAUCUACUUGGACGAUGAUAUUAUUGUACAAGGAGACAUCCAGGAACUGUUCGACACCGGUCUGAAGCCUGGUCAUGCUGCCGCUUUUUCGGAAGAUUGCGAUUCUGCCUCUUCUAAAGCCAUCGUUAGAGGAGCAGGAAACCAGAACAGUUAUAUUGGUUUUCUGGACUUCAAAAAGGAAACUGUUCGGAAACUGGGAAUGCGAGCAAACACGUGUUCUUUUAAUCCCGGCGUCAUCGUGGCGAACUUAACCGAAUGGAAACACCAAAACAUCACGCAGCAGCUGGAAAUGUGGAUGGAGCGCAAUGUCAAGGAAGGUCUUUACAGCAACAUGUUAGCAGACAGCUUCACUACACCGCCGCUACUUAUUGUGUUCUACAAGCGACAUUCCGGCAUUGAGCCCAUGUGGCAUGUCCGACAUCUCGCCACUGGUAUAGAAAAGCAUUCGGAGCUUGAUGGAGCCGUUUAUUUCAACCUUGAUCUGAUGCUUUCAGGAGCCAGCGGAGCUGCAAAUCGCUACUCCUCACAGUUCAUCAGCGCCGCUAAACUUCUCCACUGGAACGGACAUUAUAAGCCGUGGGGUAGAGCCGCGUCCUACUCCGGCGUUUGGGAUAAAUGGUACAUUCCAGAUCCUACGGGUAAAUUCCAUCCGAUCAGAAAACACACAGGAGACAAAUAAACUUUAGAAUUGAAGUCUGAAAAUGAUAUGACCCGUAUUAAUCCUUUGCACAAAUAUUUCGGUUUAUUAGGACGACCUGGAUUCGGGUACUGAAAAGGAUUGUAAGGAUUUUGCAAUGCUACACAUUUAGAACUAUUUUCGAUGCUUUUCCAGCAUCUGAUGAUUUUUAAGCAGGUCCAAGACUUUUUAUUUAUUUUUUUUUCUAUUCAAUUUUGACAGCACUCGGUGUAUAGUUAAAGCAAUUCGGCUUGAAAACUAGAAUACAGUAACACCGAUUUAAACGCAACGUACGGAUGGGAGCAGGCGGGAAAUCAGAUCAGUGUACUUUAAACAUACUCAGCAUUUCAUUUCUCCUGUUUCCAUUAUGAUGUCUGAGCACAGUUACAGUGACUACACACUUCACCUGAACUCAUCAGGUGGUAGAAACGGACCUCGAGACGACACAAUGACAGCCAGCGUCUUAAAACGAAUACGUUCCAUUUUACACUCCAGCAACACCAGCGGAAAAUUGAUUAAAACUAACGGCAUGAAUCCCGAGAACAAGCCUAGGACAUAAACCCUAAAACGCUACCUCAAUCCUUAUUGCCUACUCUCUAAAGGUCCAGCAUUUUUCAGAUGGCUUUUUCUUUUCAUCCAUUUAGUUACUUAUGCAGUUGGGUCACAAGGGAUUUUUGCAAGGUACCUUUCCAAGUACAGAAUAAAACCACUUAAUUUAGAUUUUUGCAUAUAUAAUUUUUAAGCACGUGUGUUUUUUUGUCUUCAGUGAUUUCGAGCACGUUUCACUUCUUGACCAAGAGUUAUUUCCAUUUCAGCCUCAUUGUUACUUCUUCGGAAGCGUGUGAUCACAUCUGUAAAUAAGAAAAGCAAAUAAUUCUAUAUUUACUUAUUAAAUAAAGUCUUGUAACAUUGUUAA